AUGAGUUAAUAAAUAACUUAUUAUUCAAAUGAGUUGUGCUAAAUACAUUAAGAACCUUGUACUAAUAUGUGCAUCAACACUAAAUGUCUCUAACCUUUAUGUCCUGAGUGUAUUGAAAUUCAUUUUAGAGAACAUAAAGAAUGUUAGAUUGAAAGUUUGAAAUCCUGUCGAACGAAUUGUACAAAGAAAAUUCGUUCAUCAAUCUCAGAAAUGAAUUAAAUCUUAUCAUUAUAAGAAAUGAAAACUAUCGACAACUCCUCUUAAUACAUUGAAAUGUGCAGAGAUUCUCUUUAAUAAUUGAAAUAACAAAUUAUUGAUAAAAUUGAAUUGUAUAAUAAGAAGUUAUUACAAGACUUUAGUAUUAAUCUUAUUUAGGCAUUCAAAGUAAUAGUUAAAUACUAUUUACAUAGGAAUCAUAAAUAAAAGAAGUUUAUAAUAGAAUCAAAAAUUUGAUUCAAUAAUUAGAUGAACUAGGAACAAAGUUAGAAACUUAGAGUGAUUGCUAAAUAAAAACUAUAAGAAGUAUUUAUUUAUUAAAUACCACCUAAUUAAUUUAAUCUGCUAACCAGGAGGCAUACAAAGAAAUUUUGAAAUUAAGUAAUUAUUAUUAUUAUAUAUUAAAAGAAUUUCCACUACUUGUUGUCUCUCAAAAUUUGAAUCUAAAACUUGAUGAAUUAUUCACUCAAUCAAUUUAGAUUCAAUUUAAGAAGACUACAACAACUAUGAUAAAAAUGGAAGAUAAAUAAUUGUCAAAUAAUUAACCAAUAAAACUAUAGGAUGGUCCAUCUUUGAAUUAAAGUCAAUUAUUAUCUCAGAUAAAUGAAAUUUAAUAAGUUAAAAAAUAAUCUGAAUUUGCAAUUACAUAAGAAGAUUAUUUAUUACCAACAGUUUAAAAUAAGGUUCUUCAUUAUUUUAAAUAUAACAGUAAUGAAUUAAACUUAAUUAAUCUUGAUAACCUUAAAGAGAUAAAAAAAAUUAACUUAAAAAUUUCAUUUUCAGUUCCUGUAUUUCAUUAAUCCAUAAUUACAAGAACUGGUUAAUUGUAUCUAAUUGGUGGUACUACAAUCGAUAAUAAUUAUCCUAAUAAUAAAUCUAAUGGAAUAUAUUUAUUUGAUAAGAAUGUUUUAGUAAAUAUUGGACAUUUGUUAAUCAGUAGAUCAUCACAUGGUUGCUGCAUAGUUGGUGAUUAUAUUUACUCAAUAUCUGGACUUGGAUAAAAUCAAACUUUAGAAAAGACUUGUGAGAGAUAUAAUUAUAUACUACGAAAAAGUGAAUAAAUCUAAGAUUGUCUAUACCCUUCAAUAGCUUCUUGUUGUGUAAAUUAUAAUAAUCAAUUUAUUUACAAAUUUGGAGGAUUGUGUGAAAAAUAAUAGUUGAAAUUUAUAGAGAGAUUCAAUAUAAAAGAUAUGAUAUGGUAGGCUAUUGAUCCUUAAAUAGCAAGUAAAGAGUAAAUAUAUUCAAUAUAUAUUUAUAGCACACCUCUAAUUAAAGGUCUUAAAUAGUUUGCUGCUGGAGUAUAAAUAUCUGCUAAUACUUUAAUGAUUUUUGGAGGGUAUGAUGAAAAUACUGUUAGUUCAAAUCAAUCAUUUCUAUUCAAAAUCUAAGGUGAAAAUCAUCUAUUACACAUGGUCAAUGUUAAACCUCUAAAAAUAGCAGGAGGCUUUUGGCAUUAAUAAUGCAUCAUUUAUAAAUAAGAAUUGUUUGUGAUUUAGAAUUAGGAAAACAAAGAUGGAGAUAAUAUGGAAACUAAAACUAUAUUACGUUUUAAAGAUAAAUGGAUAAUAGCUUGA